GAGAGGGACAGCGCAAUGCAUCUGGCCGUCAGAAAGGGCAACAUGGAAUCUUUUCAAGUUCUUAUGGAGAAAAAUGCGAGAAUUGAACUUGAAAAUAAUCUGGUCCAAAAUGUUUUGCAUACGGCCGUGUCAUCAACAACAAGCAACCCAGAAAUUGUUGAAAAACUUGUAGAGAAAAUGAAGCAAACUUGCAGUCCUUUUUUAAACAGUCAGGACAUAGACGGCAACACGGCUUUACACUUGGCUGGCAAAUAUUCAAAAGCAGAUUUAGUUCAGUUACUCUCUGAUCUGGAUCCUGAGAUUGAAAACCAGGAUGGAGAAACACCGCUGCACGUUGCAGUUCGAUACGGAACGAUAAGAGAAGUGGAAGCCAUUCUCGAAACAUUUUACAGCUCAAAAAGGACAAACAUCGACCACAAAGAUGAGCUGGGACGAUCAGCUCUCUUCACGAGUGCCGAGAACGGGGAUGUGGAGAUGUUUGAACUUCUAUUGAGUCAUGGAGCUAAUAUGACGCUGAGAAACAACGUAGGA